AUGGGGGUGAAGCGGAGUCUCCACGCGGGCAUCCUGCUGGGCUUCCUGGCCAGCACCUCCGCGGUGCCCUCCAGGGCCACCAACCAGUGGAUCCGCUUCCCCUCGGGGCACGGCAGCCUGUGGCAGGACUGCACCCAGGGCACCUGCUACAAAACGCCCUGCGAGUGUGAGGCCCAGGCCUUCCGGAUGGUGUCAGACCUCCCACCCCCAACCCCGGCCCCCACGACCCAGACCGCCCCAGCACUGACCGCAGCCGGCCUCUCCUCCGGCCUCCUGCUGCUGAUCGCCCUCACCUGCUACACAUUGAAGUACGUGAGGAAAAGCAACGUCUCCUUCUCCUGGUCCUAUUUUUCGGGGUGGCUGGCUGUGCCGUCCUAUAUUCUCGCGGGCUUCUGCUUUCUGCUGCCGGACAUCAUCCUGCAGAGCACAGAUGCCAACAGGGGGUUCCCGGGUGGCAUCCGGCCUGGAGCAGAAUAA